UACUGAUUAGAUAACUCCUUGGUUUGGCGGCCUUUAUUUUGCACUUUUAGAUUAAUGAAUAUUAUAGUUUUCUUUUUAUUGUUUUACUCUCUUUAAUUGAAUGGUAGUCAUUUUUUAAGUAUAUAUCAGACUACUAUGGCUAAAAGUGAGAUGGAUAACGAAGUAUUAAAAGAAUUACGCGCACUUCGUACUCAACUCAAUGUUUUAAACGAGAUGGUCCGAAAAAAUUCAAAUUCCGUAAAUGUUGUAGUAAGAUUUUUAGCAGGUUUUUUAGAUAUAUCCAGAUCAAAAUUAGUUGACAUACUCACAGAAGCUCAAGCCAACAUUACAACAGUUCAACCUAAUGAUAACAUAAAUAUGAGCCAACCUUUAAUUAUUGAAAAUGGCUAUCCAAGUACUCAAAUUAAACUGAUGAUGGAAUUGCUUAAAAUGUGUAGUUCAUACAAUCCUAGGGAAACUUCUAUUUGUCCUAUCGAUCCUUUAAAUAUUCCAUUAACUUCUUUGCAAACCCAAGCUUCUCAUAUCUCACCAAUUCCUGUAACUCAGCAUAAAAUUGAUUUAGAACAACAUUCAACUGUUCCUAAUCAGACUAUGUUUAAAGACAGUGCUAGUAGUGUUAAUGAUAAUAGGUCUGAAGAAAAACCAAAAUCAAUUCAUAAUGUAAGUGUUAAUAAUAGACGUAAAGAAGAAGAAGAGCUCAGACGAAAAUAUCGAAAUAAAUAUAGGUAUAUGAAUAUAGGAGACUUAAGUGAACGUAAACGUAAAGCUCAAGAACAAACUCACAUUCAUUGCAAGAAUCCUAUUACUGAUCUAAAUAAUAUAAAUAUUCUUAAUAAUUAUCAAUCUGACAUAAAUAAAGAUGAAAAAGAAUCAUUAGAAUUUGACGAACCUUUUAUAAAAAUUGAUAGGUAUGAUUGUACUACCAGCCCUGCAACAUCUAAAGCAAAAAUUAAUUUUACUUCAGCAAAAAGGAAAUCAAUCAAUGUAUCUAAAGUUAAUAAAUUAAAAGAUAAAAAUUUAAAUCUACAGCGAAGUAAAAAGUAAUAUUAAUUUAUUACUCUAUGAUAUUGCUCGGUCUAGAUUUUUUUAGUUAUUUAUUCUGUUUUAAUAAAGCUGGUUUCACUAUAUAUUAAAGAAAAAUUUUUGAAUAAUUUAUGAAUAAUAUAAUUUUAUAAAUGUUAAUAAUCGGAUUAUUUCUAAGUUUUUAAAUCAUGUAUUAUAUCGGU